CAGUGGUUGUUCCUGAGCACAGAGCCUAGAAUAGCCCCUGAGUACCACUGGAUGUGGCACAAAAACAAACCAAUAAAUUUCUGUCUCUGUCUUGUCCCUGCGGUCUGUCGGAUGGAAGGCUUGUACCAACAGGUAAAGGAAGGAUUACUGUUGUUUGGGCAGGACUGAUGUGAAAAAAGGAUCUGUGUGCGCACCGGUCUGUGGGGUGAGAGAACCACCUAGAAUGUCCCUGCCCAACCAGUCCAUGAAAAGCCUCCCAGAGGCCUCCAACAGAUCCCUCAGCACUAAAGGAACUUCAGGGACUUGGGAUCCAGGGACCCUCCAGGCAAUCCAGAUCUCUCUUGCUGUGGUCCUGUCCAUCAUCACCCUGGCCACGGUCCUGUCCAAUGCUUUCGUGCUUACCACCAUCUUCCUCACCAGGAAGCUCCACACACCGGCCAACUAUCUCAUCGGUUCCCUGGCCACCACUGACCUCCUAGUUUCCAUCUUGGUAAUGCCCAUCAGCAUAGCCUAUACCAUCACUGGCACCUGGAGCUUUGGCCAGAUCCUGUGCGACAUUUGGCUGUCCUCUGAUAUCACGUGCUGCACAGCCUCCAUCCUGCAUCUCUGUGUCAUUGCUCUGGACAGAUACUGGGCUAUCACUGAUGCUCUAGAGUAUAGUAAGCGCCGGACAGCGGGCCAUGCGGCUGCCAUGAUCGCCGUGGUCUGGGCCAUCUCCAUCUGUAUCUCCAUCCCCCCGUUCUUCUGGAGGCAGACCAAAGCUCAUGAAGAGAUCUCAGACUGUGUGGUGAACACUUCUCAGAUCUCUUACACCAUCUACUCCACAUGCGGGGCCUUCUACAUCCCAUCUGUGUUGCUCAUCAUUCUCUACGGCCGAAUCUACAUGGCUGCCCGGAACCGCAUCCUGAAUCCGCCGUCGCUCUAUGGGAAGCGCUUCACCACUGCCCAGCUCAUCACCGGCUCAGCAGGCUCCUCACUCUGCUCGCUCCACUCCAGCCUUCAUGAGGGGCACUCCCAUUCUGCUGGCUCCCCUCUCUUUUUCAAUCACGUGAAAAUCAAGCUGGCUGAUAGCAUCUUGGAGCGCAAGAGGAUUUCAGCUGCACGGGAGAGGAAAGCCACUAAAACUCUGGGCAUCAUCCUGGGAGCCUUCAUUAUCUGCUGGCUGCCUUUCUUUGUGGUAUCCUUGGUCCUCCCCAUCUGCCGGGACUCCUGUUGGAUCCACCCAGCCCUUUUUGACUUUUUCACCUGGCUAGGCUAUUUAAACUCCCUCAUCAAUCCUAUAAUCUAUACGGUGUUUAAUGAAGAAUUUCGACAAGCCUUCCAGAAUGUUAUCCAUUUCCGGAAAGCCUCCUAGUGUUCUUUGGUGACGAUUCUUAGCUUUUGUGUCCUGUCACCCCAUCUGAAUUUUUUUUUUAAAAAAAAAACAACUUCCUGAGAUUUGGUUUAAUUCUAAUUGGUUUGGGGUUUGGGUUCAAUCAAUGGAAUUGUCCAGCAUUAUUUCUCCCACUGGCUUCUUGAGCCAGCAGAAGUUGGGAUUCCAUGUGAACG